AUGGAUUCAGACUCAGGAGAGCAGAGUGACGGAGACCUAUCUCCAGGUAAGACUCCAAAAGACCACGACCACGGCUGAAACAUUAGUCUCUGAUAUGUGGAGGAACCAGCUCUCUAUGGAGAUAUGCUCUGUAGAGAGUUGUGGUUUUGUUUUCCAAGAGAGUCAACCAGUUCCUUCUUCCUCUUUGCUGCACAUUUUCAGCCCUUCUCUGACUCAACAUAGACACAUACUCAGUGGGAACAAUUUCCCCGCACAUUGAAACGAUUAUCCAUUUCCUUUAAUAUUGAAAUACUUUGUAAAGUAACCGGGAUUAAGAUGACUCAACUGAGCUCCAACUUCAAGAGUCAGUUUUUGGUAUCUUACUGUAAAAGUUGCUCAUUCUUCAGAUGCGUCAAAGACAAGCAUGUGUGAGCUCUGAUGCACGUACACUCUGAUGCUGGCGGCUGUCAGAGCCUCGCUGUGUGCGCGAAUGAAAGCCGGCUCAGUCACCACCAGGAACAGACAAGCUCCAGCACGUGCAGUCAGUUUGUUCAUCAACACGUCCAGCAGGAUCAACACACACAGACGGAUCAGCCUCCGCAAAAAAAAAAAAGUCUCCAUCUUUCCAGUUUGGAUUCAGAUGAACAGACGAGGUUUCAUGUGUGCUCUUUUUCUUACAUAAAUUGCACGGUGUCAGAGUACAGGGCAAAGAUUUAUUGCAAAGACGAGGGUGAACAGUUGGACUCAUGCGGUACACUCACCCUUUAAAGUUCAGGCUCUCUAUGGAUAUUUCCCCGCAUUCCUCUCAUGUGGGCGAUUUAUUGAACUGUGAUCCUGUGGAAAAUGCAAGCCAGGAGAUGAAACAGCCUUCUGGAGAUAAAGUCGAGCUCAAAGAUCAUGAAUCAUGUGUCUGUAGAAGGUUUUCAUAACUUACUGCAGCGAACUAGAAAGAUAACCAGAAUUUACGUCAGGAAGGAUUGAAACUUCUCUUUGCUUUGCUCUAAAUCUUGUCCCCUGUUAGAAAACUGGAGAUGCCUCUAAAAUGAUUUCCCUUUCGGCACAUGGGGGAUGGAUACACAAACUGAUAUAGAUAUUAAAUAACUGAUAUUUUUCCUGGCCUGUUGUUGCCCCAGUUGGAGGCUGUCCAGUGUUUGUGGUGCUGGUGCUGUUUCCCUGUUCAUUUGAAGUUGUAUAGACUGAUAUGUUAAUGAUGCUCUGAUGAACUCCAGCCAUCUGUCUGUCCAUCUGGCUCAUUGUCUGUCUGUCUAUUUGGUGCGUUUGCAAAGGAAGAGGAUCCUCGAUGUAAGAGCCAGGAGCCUUUAAACAAAUAAUCAAAGAACGGUAUCGUCUGCUGAUUUCAUGCAGAAACUUGAAGGUGAAAUAUAGUAAAUAGCUGGUCCCUAACCUGUCUCAUUAAUUUGUCAACAAUCUAAUAGUAUUUUACUUCAAAUAUGGAUUUACUGUCAUUCUCUACACUUUGCCUGCUCUUAUUAAUCCGUGUAAUAGCAUCAUCCACAGUGGCUGAUCAGUUACGGCUGAUGGAUCCACAUGGGAAGGAGGGGAAGAGUAUUUACAGCUUACUUCAUUGUCCAGCUGCAGCUCUGUUGCUCGAUAUCACGUGCGAAACUCUUUCAUAUGUUUUAUCUCAUGAUUUUCUCUAACUCCGAGGAAUUCAUCGCAUUGUUGCCCCUUUGAUUUGAAUGUGCUCGUGGAAACACCGAGUCGACUGGUUGAUAACCUGUGUCACGUGUCAGCUAAGUGCAAUUGCUUUUGUUCAGGUUAGUGAAGCCAGACGACAAAAAAAGAUAUCCGGUGUAUGUUGAACUCGCUUCCUAGUACAGGCCUCAGGUCUUACAUACGAAGACACGGUGAGUGCACCGAGCCAAUCUGCAGAGACGGAAGCUUUGUCUGUUUCACUCAAGUAUAAAGCGGUGCAUAAUAUGUGCAUAAUGUUCCAAAGCCUGGGCCUGAGGUGAAUCCUGGGAAUAUUUUUCAUUUGGCAUCAAACGUUAAAGCCGUCUGUAAGAGGACUUAGGCUUUGUAGUGUAAGCAGGGCUCUUCUUUUUUGGCCUCUAAAUGGUGUUACAUGGGUUACAAGCAGCAUGAAAUUUUACCAAAGCUUGACUUGUGCUGAAAAAGCAUGCUGCUUUGUUGUCUGUCAGGGGUAAAACAGUUGUGUCUCCCUUUAUAAGGUCAACUUCCUCAACAAAACCUGAGCUAAAGUAUUUUGAAAACAGGUGUAUUCGGAGAGUGUUGCUGUACACAAACAUGACCCUUAUCUCUAGAUUUGUGGAUGAGGGAUGUGUGAUUGAUCUAUAAGCUGAUCUGUGCUUUCAAUCUGUAUAAAAACUGAAACUUUGGCAGUGUAAAAGUAGUUAUUUUUUUCUAGUGCCCUCACUCUUCUGCCCUUGAGCCGCUUGCAGUUGCUGUUAAAGAUUGACUAAGAGUGCUACUCCUGCUACCCUCGGACACUCUCUUUAUUAUAAAUUAAUAACCUUUGGUUCAUUCCUUGAUAUCUCCCUCUGCUGCAUCGGUGUAUGAUGUUUUAUUCUUCAGUUCUAUUCUUCCCACAUUGCCUCUUAACACCUCCAGGGACCCUUUCCCACCUUGGCCCAUUUUGCCGCGGGCUAUGCUGCUCUCACGUCAACCUCAUGAGGUCAAGUGUUCAAGACAGAAAGUCAUGGAAAAGCAUCAUGGGUUAGAUUAUAAUGGUUUUAAUCAUGAUAAUAUUGUUGCUUAGUUACUGAAAACCCAUCCAUGGAUGUACAACUUUAUCAUCCUUAAAGGAAACUGCUCGAGCCAUCAAAUCUAGGGAUCUCCUGGCUUGGCUGAAGUCCAGGUCAUAUUUGGUACGUUUACUUGUACAUUUAAGAUGAGCUCGAUAAUGUGAUUCAACGGGACUACUGUUCUUGCUCAGGUUGACAAGCAAAAUCCAAUUUUUUGACAGAAGCAUGUCCGCCUCAGUUACAGUAGGUGACGAAAUGCCCCCUUUAAGCUUGUUACUAUCAGGUUAUGUCCUGAUUGAGGUAUUACAUAUCAAAACAAUCGGCAGGGCACUGUCAUUUUUACAGCUCUGUACUGUUUGUUAGGAAAGUAACAUCUUUUUUAUGUCCGUUCUUCUGUUUAGGUUUAGUUUAGUUUAGUUUUUGUUUGUUUCGUUUACCCAGCUUCCAGUCAAUGCAUUUAAGCUUUGCAACUUCCAGCUCAAAGCCCUGGAGUAUGUGCAGAACACUAAGGCCAGUGUUUGUCUGAUUGAGCCGUAUACAUGACAAAGAAGAUUGAUCCCCUGGUUAGUUUGACUCUGAGAAGUUUGAUUUAGUGCCGUUUUAGUCAGGCUUACAAGCGAGAUUAAGAUAAUAAAUAAAUGUAUUGAACCUUUAAAAGUACUGUGUCAGAAAUCUCAAUCUUAACUAAUAGACUGGUUAGUUGGAGUGGCAGUAGCUCAGGAGGUAGAGUUGGCAGUUUGAUUUCCCUCCUAUCCUGAGUCUGUCUGUUGUGUCCUUGGGCAAGACACUUAACACACCUUGCUCCCAGUGUGUGUCCUCCACUGGUGUACGAGUGUAAGUGUUGUGUGGUGGUGGUCGGAGAGGCCGUAUGCGCAAACUGUCAGUCUGCCCCAGGGCAGCUGUGACUACUAAGGUAGUUUACCACCACCAAAGUGUGACUGAGUGAAUGAAUGAUGUAUCCAAUGUAAAGCGCUUUGAGGGUCUCUGAUAAAAUGCUAUAAAAUCUGAUGCAUCAUUAUUAUUAUUUAUCAAAAGCUUAAAUAAAACACUCAGAAACAAUCCAACAUGGCGAAACAUGUGAUCACAGGGAAUGUGGCUAGCAUCAGCAGAGCUAGCACCACCAGCCUUCAGUCCAAAUGUCUGUGCUGGUCUUAUUUCACUUUGAUCGAGUUUACCAAACACAGAAGACAAACCACUUAAUCUCCAUUUUCUCGAUCAAGAUACCACGCCAUGCUAACAGAUACCAUCUGUGCUUGUUUCCACACUGGCAGUAGAGUGUUAAAGCAUCAUAGCAGUUGCCCUAAACUGGAAAUGCAGAUCUAGCUGGUUGCAGGUUGUGGUGCGAUAGCUUUGGCACAACACAUAACCAUAAUUUCAGGCUUAUCAUAAUGAAACUAUUAUUCAUUUUAAACUGACAUUCACAGUACAGGGAAAGAGCACACAUUAAAAGUAGAUGCACUUAUUGAAGUAGUGGUCUAAUCUAGCGUCUCCAUCAGCAAAGGGAAAAACUUCAACUGAGAAACUUCGAAUACUUUAAUAAAUGAAAGUUAUAAAUGUUUAAUGUCUGGAGUUUUCAGAAGCUUGUGUUGUUAACUUUCUCUUCUUAAUGUUUUUUUAUCAUGAAGAUGAAAGUUUGUUGAAAUUUAAAGCUUAACAAUCAAGGCCAAGCUAUUCAGUUUUGAGACAUUGAAGAAUAUUGCUCCUGCAAUAAAAGCUUUGCUGCUUGAAACCUCUUAACGGCUUCAACAUCAAGAGAAAUGUCACAGUUUUUUAUUAUUUCACAGCAAGUAUUCAAAACAGCUCACACAAACUCCCACACAUGUAAUGUUUUAUGCAAACGUGUGUAUUACAGCUGAUUUUCAGUGAGAGGUUAUCAUUUCAGUGUUAUUAAAAAUUCGAUUGUGGAGUAACACAGAGAAUUAACAGAAAGACACAAAGUUUCCGCACUUUUCAACACUUUUCUGGCACAAAGCUCAGCCUCGAUACUCAGAGAUUUCUCUAAACUAAACAAAAUAUACACAGAGGAAAUACAAACACAAAGGCUCACAUUUUCCCAUAAUCACUCAGUCAUGCAGUGAGCACGCCACUAACCAUAACAAUACCUUCGAGCUGAUUCAUCCCGCAGCCCUGCCCUUCCUAACUGUGGUGGACACAGACGGCUGAACCAAAUUAUGGGUCAAGCGAAGCUGACUGUCCGCACACCUGUUCCGCUGCAAGACUGCAGGGUUCCCUCGACAGAGACUGAACAUUUGCAUUACGCCCUCAUCCAGACAGUCCUGGUUGAAAUAUUUUUUAUAAUAUCAGUCUAAUAUUAGGUUUCAAUAAUCAGCUCACUGUCUACUUUUGGCUGAUUCAUCAUGGCGCUGCGACUCACUGUAACACCAAAACCCAAUCUGCCAUCUGCAGAGCUAUUUCCAGCCGAUUGUGGCUCCUUCAGAUUUUCUAUGGAAAGCCGACUUGUUGAAAAGAGAAGCUGUGUUGCUGUUGUUAUAACAGCUGUGAGAUCCAUGAGGGUAGAGACCUGUCGCAGUGGUUCAAUUAUAAACAAAAAAACUGCAGAUGUUUGGUGACAAAACUGAGAUUUAAUCUUAGCUUCUGUAUUCACACUAACAAACUCUCCAGCUCUAUCGGCCGUGUUAAUCACCACUAAUCCUCAAUUCCACAAUCACUUCAAAGAUCUUUGAAAGAAGAAGAAGAAAAAAAAAAGUAGCUGCCGGAUCAGGCCAAACCAGGAGCACCCGGCAAUCAGAGGAGAGCUUCUGCCUCAUGAUUGCUAUGUUGGCAGACCGACCACAUGCUUUACACAUGAGAGACAGGCUGAGUGUAACACUCCCAUCUACAGAUGCACACACACGCUGAAAAAAUGCCCACACUCCUCCUGCUCAUUCCCUUGGUCUUGUGCUCCUUCAACACAUGCAUCCCUGAAGUUUUUUUUUCUCCCUCCUCUGCCUUUAAUCUGGCCCACAGAUGGAAAAUGCACACCAGCCUUUACGCACACAUAUGAGACACCAGAAGCUGGUCCUGGAAAACUGUAACAUGAACUUCAAAAAAAGAAAAGGAAAAAAGGUCAAGAGUGAAGCUGUAAGUGGAAAAGACGACUCAGGAGAGAGCUUUUUUUUCCUCUAGCUGCAGCUUCAAACUUCUACCACAGCUCUCUGACCGCUUUGUGUGAGUGCGUUUUCCUUUGUAUGCUCAUGCAUGUGCUAACACAAUAAUACUGUGGCAUUUCAUAGUGUUUGUGGGACAUUUAGAGAGGGAAUUGUUUCCCCACGGCUGAGCCAUUACUGAAACAUGGAAUUAGACCGCAGAGGCAUUUUGACGAGGCCUCACGGACACACGCAGGAGGAGGAGGAGGCUGUGGUUUCUCUGGUGGGCCAGUCAGAGCAAAGCAAACAGUCACUCGUGGCGCCUGGAGUGAGAGGAGAGGGCUGUCUGAGGGAGGGCAGUGUGUGUUAAGAGAGGGCUGCAUUGGCGUCAGUGGAACAUUGAGCGUGUGCAGGUAUCUCGAUCUGUGAAACCAUCACACAGGAGCGGUGACGCAGGUGGUCGUAUGUUAUUUCAUUUAUUCACCUGUGUGGACGCUUUUAGGAACGUUAUUAACUCUCUUACGCCUGGUUUCCUGUUUCAGCUUGGUCCAAGUCUGAUCUAUUUACAGAGGUUUUACUGCAGUCUGUGCUUGUCAUUCCAACUUUCUACAAAUAUAACAUUAAAUCCAGAUUACAUGAAGUUAAAUGGGGACUUUUCUUCUCCUACUUGGCUAUUAUAGCAGCAAAAAAGGCAACAGCAACUGAUGUUAAGUGGGAGGCAAUUACACGCGAAGAAUUUAUCACUUAACACUGGCACAAUUCAACAGAGCAGUGCUUAUGAAAGACUUAUCAGGGUUGCAUUAAGAAAAUGCACAAUACCCACUUUUAACAUAUCACAACAGCUAAUGAAGCAUUAAAACUCAAAUUAAGGUGCUUUAUCACGUACCUUUGCAGCUAUUUGCUUCCUGGAGGUAGAAGACGGCAGAACAGAGCUGCAAUUACAUUUAUAGAUUUAAAACUUUCACUGGAAAUAAUGGCAGCAGAGAGAAAUGAAAGCUCUGCACACACUUUUAUCCUUAAAGGCUGGGAAUUAAAUUAACUCAGGAGGGAUUAGGUUUAGAGGGUUAUAGAGGAAUAUAGACCCUGAAAGUCAGACACCAAUCUACAAAUGUGUGUAUGUGUGUGUGCGUUUAUGUGAGUGAACCACAGUUAUUUCCUGGUCAUUAGUUAGCGGUGGGUUGGCAGCCAAGAGAGCAGCAGCACUCGGGCUUACACUGAAGCGUGUCAUACGCACUGAGGGCCUCGAAGUCCAGAAGCUCAGGGUUGAUCCAAUUCUAUCAUUUCAGUCGAAGCAAGGAAACCUGUAAUUGAGAGGGCUUAGACAGUCUAAGCUCCGCCCCUUUUCCCAGCUAUCACUCCCACAGUAUUUAUAACCCCUGUUCUUGAUUCACUUUGGGCUUCUUUCGAGCUGUAACAUCUGCGAAAGUAAAUCUGAAUAUCUCUUCAUGUGUAAAUAAAACAACAACAUGGUACUAUGAUGUUGAUGCUAAAUGCUAACUCUUGAAUAUUCACAAGUUUACUCAGUUCUAGUUUCAGAUAAUUUGAGAUUUGAGAUUUUUUUUUGAUUUUUUUUUAAUGGGACAAUACGCAUUAAUGAACAUUUACAUAUAAAUCUAUGAGUUUAUUGCCAGCUGGCUAAUUUCCAUCCCCAGUCCCAUUAGCAUGUUGGUGUCAACACAUAAAACACCCACCAAACAUCGGAUGAAGAGACGUGCAGAUCAAGUCAGUAUUGGGUCGGUCCGUCAAAGACCACAUCUAGACGUCAGUGUGACGUGGGAUGCCAACACAUUACAUAGAAUUUAAUUAGUUUCUCCAGGUUUCUGGUUUUGGUACAGGCAGUUCACCACCGGCCAAAUCUACUACUUUAUCACAACUUUAUUCUCAUAACAUGAAAACUUUCCUUUUGUGAUAUUAUGACUUUAUUUAUGACAAUAUGACCAAUCUUGCAAGAAACUAGGAUUUACUGCACAAGAAAAUGACUUGUGGGACUUUUUUCUGAAUCAUUUUUGGUUUUAUCAAGACAGAGAGAUUUGCAGAGUGUACAUAGUUACUUAUGGGGUUGAUUUGUGAUAUGAUCAGUGGCCAAAAGACUUGAGGCUCACUCCAACUCUUUGCCAGUGAUCUCAGUUAGGUUGAGUCGGCAUUUUUAAUUUGGCCUUCAUCAUUGUGGGGCUGCAAAAAUACCUCCUCAGAACCCACUGGGGGACGCUCGUGGGACGACAUCCAUGUUUUAUACACUCCAUGACCCCACUACCUACCUCUAGAUGGACAACCUGUAACCUGUUUUCAGUAGAGCUUUCCUCUGCUUGUUGGUUAAAAGCUACACAUCCUUUGCCUGUGGGUUUUAAGCCCAAAAAAGACUAGCUCCCAUGAUGCUGGAGGUGGUUUUAAAGUCUCACGGGAACUGCUGUUGCUAACAAUAUAAUUAAGUUUGUUAGAUUUGUCAGAGAUCACAUCCACAGAAGUUUUCCCCUGUGUCUAAAUAGAUUAUUAGACCCCUAAAAGGAAUGGUUUCCAUUUUUCAUGACCCCGUAGAAGUAAACACGUUGAGCUAUAUAUAUGUGGUGGUAUACCGGAGGAUAGCUUGGGCAGGGGGUCUGCUCUAUAAAGAGUCUAACAGACUGUCCCUCUGCUGAUCCAGAUCUCUGCAGUGCCUCACUUCUACGUAGACCCAGUUUUAGCGGGUGAACUUGUAAACAAACCAGGAGGCCAAAGUUAUGGGGAAUGCUGGCAAGGCCCCGGUAAUUGUGCACGUGAGUGUGUGCGCGUAUUUUGUGUGUGUGUGUGCCUGUUUAAGCCUCUUUGUAAACGAUGCCACAGCAUGCUGAGACUUGGCUGAGGUCUAUGAGAGGAGCGACUCACCCCGGGCCGGAAAACACUCACUUCCUUGCCACUCAUGCUCGGCUCAGUGUCGCAGAUCUGCCGAGAAACGGACAGAGGAGGAGCGGAUCGACAAAAAAGAGAUCCAUGUUGGACAAAGACACGAGCUGCAGCAGGUUCCAGAAAACGCUGCAGAUGAUGUUUAGUGGUAUGAUGGUGGGAAGAUGUUUUUCAUGUUGUGUGGGUGUGUGUCUGAUGUAAAGAGACUCUGACAGAAGCAUCGCAGUAUGGACUCAUGAUUUCACCUCUCAUUCUUCAACACCCCCUCUCUUCUCCAUCCCUCUUUCCAUCACUCAUCCUUGCUCUUUUCUGAAGGAGGUGACACAUCUUCAGAUUUUCACUGCAGCGGCAUUUUUUAUUCUCUACAUUUUUUUUUGUAGAUUUUCAGGCAUUUUUCAAACUCACCUCUAUAAAUCUUAACUGAACAGUGUGAAAUGAAAACACACUCCCUGCCAGCUCUCCACUCACCCUCUUUUUUAAUCCACUCUUUAUGAUUCUCUGUGAAUUGCUUACUUUAAAGUUUAUAGCUUUACUUUGGAUGGCAGCUCUUUGUCUGAGUAUCAGGAAAGAAACCCCACAUAUUUCACAUCACUCUGUUUUCUAUUAGGCCUCAUAGUCUUUCAUUAAAACCCACACAAACACGCCCACACACUCAUACUCUAGUGUCGAAACCUAUUAUGCCUCUGUUUUAUGAAUACAGCCAGGUUAUCUGCUUCUUGUUUUGUUUGGUUUGGUUUGUGAGGUUGCAUCCUCCCAUGAGUGCAUCAUUCAUUCAGGGUAAUAUUGCUUAUUUUUCUGCGGUUACAAAAAACGGGAAACAAUCAGGAGCAUUACAGAGUACAAUUACUUAGCUAACUUAAGUGUAGUUUGUUUUUACAAAUGCAUGACUAUUAACACAUCAACACAUGUCAGGAAGCGCACACAGCACACACCCUAUUAGAGAAUUUAGAAAAGAGCUAAAGACGUUGAUUUUUAAUCCUUAUUGUGUUGUACUAGGAAUCAAGUUUACUCCAUUUGUGAGUCAUGAAUAAAGUAUAGAGUAAUAUAGUAUAACAAUAAUAGAGUAAAAUACAGUAUUUUCCCAUUAACAAACGCCCACCUGACAGGAUUUGAGAGAUAAUGGUUGUGGCAGAGUGUUUUUUUCUAGAGAAGUUCCCAAAGGAGUGAGAAGGAGAGGGGAGACAGCCUGCAGCUAGUUCCCAUGCCCACUUAACCAGCUAACUGUGGCCUGGCUGUACACCAGCUAAACAACAACAGACCAGAGCGAGCCACAGCUGGUGAAGACAUUAGCUUUACAACAGAGGAGAGGUCAAAGGGCAGAGAUCUCACAGGGCCUCAGAGUCCACACUGUAUCCUAACAGGAUGUCCUGUGUACCACUUCUCGUCCUCUGAGGACCAGCCAAGUCUCUGGUCCUCAAAACGUGGAGCAACUGUGAUGAGAGUCAAGGGCAGGGCUAAAGGUGGAGGUCAAGUCCCUGACAUCCCUGCUCUUUUCUCUCUCUCUCUCUCCUCUACUGUUCUUCCGCCCUCUUGUUCGUGCUUGUGACAGGCGAUCAAGCCAGUAAAACGUAAAUCAAUCAGACAUUUCCUCUUUGCUUCAAUUUGCCUUGUCUCUGUGGUUCAGCUCUACAAGGAUGCGUCCAUUAAAACGAAGAGACACGGAUACAAAGACAGAGAUGAGGCAUGAAGCAUUAAAUAAAGCUGUGCAGCAGCCAAACUCAAUCUGUUCCUGUGUCCCUCCUGACUCAGAGAGCCUCUUAAGUGCCUCUCUGUGGACUGUUAGUCACAGCAGAGACACUUUGACCACUCCCAGGAUAAACACUCUUAAGGUUCAGAUAAAUUGGAUCUCUUUAUUACGCUAACAUUUAUAUGCACUCAUCUACUUGUGAAGCGUAUUUUUAACAGCUUCAUUUGUGUGAUUUUUAUUCAUCCUACAUUUGCCAGUAAUGCUGACUGAAGCUUUGAUUUCCUGCAUUUUGGCAUAAAUUAUUUCCAGGCAGAGAAUAACCUUAAAAUUACCACCUCAUGUUAUGGAAGAAGAGAACAGCCAUGGAUUUUUCUUUUUUUAUACACUGUUAUCUUUUGAUAACGAUUUAUUAUCUCGGUAUCUCGCCAUAACAAAGAUUGUUUUCUCGUGGUAAUGGAAAUGCGAGCAGCGACCCAAAACUUUUAAAAAUGCCUUAAGAUUGGGAUGAUCCUGAAAUGCCGUAACCACUGUUGUCUGUUGUUGUUUUUUUGAUGAAAAUGCUGACGGCACGCUCCAUUUUGCACAUGGGUAUUACACUUUCAAUGUAGGAACAUUUAACUGCCAUGCUCAAAUUUGACAACAACAGCAACAAUGGCGGACACAUUAUAAAUUAGUUAUCAAGAGAAAACGAUCUUUGUUAUAUCGUAAUGACGAGAUAAGUCGUUUUCACAAGAUAACAGUGCAUCAAAAAAAAAGAGAAAAAUCUAUGUCUGUUCUCAUAUUCCAUAGCAUGUAGACCUUGUAUGGACUUUUCUAUUGAGUUAAAUAAAAAUAUAUAUCUAUUGUGCACAAAACAGGAAGUUAAAAUGUAUGUGUCUAAUAUCAAAGACACACAUAUGAUUACAAAUACUGGAGUGACAAUAAAAACACACAUAUAUCAAAAUAAUAGUAUGAGCUUAUCAUUUUAUAUACUGCAAAAUUUCCUAUGUGGCAAUUUAAAUUUAAAACUUGGAAUUAAAUUAGCUACAAAUUAGUACAGCUUUAGUUUGGUUUUAGUCAGAAAUCACCUUUGUAAUGAAAAGUUUUAGUUUUACUUGUGCUGAUAACUUGUUACAAAGUCGACAGCUCUUGCAGCUUUUACUGUCCUGUCUUUUUUCAUAUCUGCUAAAUGGUUCAGGGACAAGAUUAUUGAUUCACCUGAUGAUUACAUAAAUAUACAUGUGACACUGACCCAUAAUAGUUAGGUUAUGAAUACAGUAAUUUCUUGCAAUCAGAUAAACUUACAUUUGUAAUAUAAACAUGAGAUUAAUGAGUCAUCAAUAUGAGUAAAAACGGUUGUAAAAUAACUGCCUUCAACUCCUGUGCUGAGCAGGACAUUGAACAGAUGGCACAAACUUGUCUUAUAAAUCUGAAGGCAUUACUGUCUCUAACCUACUUUAAUCAUAUCUUUGGCAUUUUCUACAACUUCUUCUUUUUAUUGGCCAAAACACACACUAGUGCCCAACUAUCUGCCAACAAGCAAACACUGGCAGAUUAAUCAGAGUAACAGACUUAUCAUGUCAAGUACAAAUCUGUUGAUUUCUGUUUUGAUGGCCAAACCUCAGAAGAAGGCGUUUGGAUAAAAACUAACGCUGUUUUUCAGAAAAAAAAGUUCCUUAAAACUCAAAGAAUUAAACUUAAUCUGAGCAGUAAAUAAAUUUUAACAAUUCUUAUUAUUUAAAUGCACAUUUUUUUAUUGCUUGGUAACUAGGUAGUGAGUUUGUGUCCUUUAUCAAAGGCAGCGACUCUUUGCCAGCAGCAAGGGGAAUUAAAAACUAGGCUUAAAACGAGAAACGGGGGCACCUGCACAACCUAUUAACAGCACUAGAAUACCGAAGAGCAAAAAACGCACUUCGUAGAGAUGCCAAAACACUCUGUUGACACAACAAAUACUUAUCAGUCCACCCCUAACAAGCAGUGAUGGUGCAUGAGGAGGGAGAACAGUAUUUUCUUGCUUUAACUUCAUUGAAAUACAGCACGAGCUUGUUGUAACCUGCAGAUUUCGGGUCCUGCCACAGACAAAUGGUUCUUAUCCACAAAAUGAGAUGAGAAUUACUCUCUUAAACCCCAAUCAACACAAAUGAGAGACAUUACGGCAUUAAAAGGGAGUUAUUUAUUAACCCUAAAGGUCUAAAUGCUGCUCCACAUCCUGAGCAGCUGUUAAUGGCACAGUGAGUGACCCCUUUUAGCGUCCCAUUGCCCUUCGGAAACUGGCUCAGAGUCAGAUUUUAUUUGUCAUGAAUAAUGCACAUCAAUGCACUGCGCUUAGCUCUGUCUCCUUCCCCAAAUAGAAAGAAUCUCCCUCAAUCUUUACUAUUCUGAACUGAAUACAAAAAUACUCCAUCAUGGAUUGGAACAUAGCGUGAGCAAAGGAGGUGUUUGAGUCAUCCUCUGAUUAGAGCUGUGGGAGUCAAAUAUCUGCAGAAUGGAGGCUCUGCAGGUCCACAGUCUCAGUGUGUUGCACUGCCUGGAUACUUCUGCAGCUCACGCCUUGUGUAGGUCGGCGUCGUGAUGGUUUUUAGCCUACUGUUUACUACGUGUCUGUGUGCAUGUGUGCGGAGGUCUGCAGACAAACACGAAACCUAGUUGGUCUCUUCCCCAGCUUUGCUAACUGAGCUCUGGUACCAGCUGGCACAACACACUUUCCCCCGCUCCCCACUCCAGUCCACUGGCCUCUCAGGCUUGCUUAACACAAACCUCACAGGCUAUUAAAACCCCCUUUACUGUGGCUGAAUGACCCACUCCAUUGUUUUCCUCAAGCCCCGUUAAAGCAGCCAGAGAGGGUCUGCAGCGGCUCCUUAUUGGAGAGCAAAAGCACACGAAAAGGCCAAGGAAAAAAGAAGAGGAAGUCAAGCUGUCACUUCUGUUUACUCCUCCUGCACAGAGAGCAUUUUCUUAAAACUGAUACAGUGCUAAUGCUUGGUUUGUACUCAGUGAAAUGGCAGUGCUGAUCGGUAAAAAAAGGAAAAACUUUGGACUUCCUCUGAACCUUUUGCACACACGCUGAAAGAUUUAAAGCCUGUAUCUUGUAUAGCCCUGUUAAUGUAUACAAUGACUGCAGAAGUCCAACUUUACAGUACACAUGAGGCCGAGAAGGAUUUACACUGUUCCUGCAGUUUCCCUCAUAAAAGAAAAAAUGUGAAAAGGAAAAUGUCUGGGAUAUUAUUGCAGUUUUAGCAUUUACAAGGUGCAAAGAAUGGUCUGGGAACAGCUCGUCUCAGAGAGGCUUGUAUGGGCUAUUCAGGUAUAAAAUGGAAAACAGCUUACACAUGGAAAUGAACAUGUACAGCAGGGAAAUCUGGUAAAACAAGGAAGCUUCGCAGAGCUCAAUAGUCUUUUUGUUUGUCUCACAACGAAAACACCUCUCACCUUACCUACCUUUCUGCAUCUCUGGGCUCAGUUGUCUGUCAGCAACUUCGACUGUUUGGCUGUUUGAAGUAAUAAUGUCAAGAAGAAGGAGUGGCUGAAGCAAAGCAGUAGAGAGUGUAAUAGAUAGAUGAUUUGUUCUCCUUUCCAGUCUGUUUUACCAUCACACCCUCACUCUACGCAACCCUGAUAGAAUCACUUUGUAUGAACACAUGUACAUGUUAUGUGAUCAUGCAUGGUUAACAUGUAAUAUGACUCUCAGGACAAGAACAACAAGGGAUAACCUGUGCACCUGUGCAGGGACCCUGACCUAGUUUGUCCAGAUCUUAACAUGAGCAUGUUGCCAUUAGCAGCCUUGUAAACACUGAUCAAGGUGCAUGUUUCCCGUGUGCUUCCUGUGAGUAUUUGUGUAUACCUGGUGUAGUCUGGAUCUGAAACCUUUUUAAGGCUCUGUACGGUUCACAGCGAAAAAACAUCAUGUAAUCGCUGCCUGUACCAGUGGAUGACUCACAGCUCUCCAGGAAAGAAAAACUUUAGGCUACAUGCAGACAUGCAGCUGAGUAUUUUACAGGGUUAUUUUAGUUUGGCAUGUUCAUUAUUUCAUAUAUUUUGGUGAUUUUGUUUGACUUUUGAGUUCAAAUUUUCUACGAAUAUAAAUCAAAAUGUAAUGAACCAGAAAACAUCAACUGCUCAGCUCUACGACAGAUGCUGUUCCAGAUUUGUUUUACGACAUGCGUUUUAUCAGUUCAACUUUCAAUUUAAUGGGUAACUUAAAUAAUCAAUCUCUUUUAGAUCUGACACAAUAACACAUAGGCUAUAACAAAUUGGCUUUGGUACUGUAGACAAAAGUCACGUUUUGUUUUGCUAUUUAUCUGCACAUAUUGAUCCAUUCUCACAACUCAUUUGCUUCUUCUGUAAAGUUUUUCUUUCUAGCUUGGCUGUCAUCUUAAUAGUUGUUUGUGUUUGUGGUUAAACCCAGAUCAACUCAGUAACGGCGAAAUAACUGAUCAUCACUGAAAGUAAGCCGUCUUCUCUCUAACUUGUAAUAAUGACCUCCUGUACUCAAAGUUGUUUAUUCCACUGGGGAGAUCUACAGCCAAAAAAACACCAAGGGCAGUCACACACACACACACACACACACACACACACACACACACACACACACACACACACACACACACACACAUACAGUUGCCUCAGUCAUGCGUGUGGUGUGUGUGUUCUGCAGCGUUCCGGCCAAUAAGCCCUUGAUUGCCUCCAGCGUUGACUCAGUAAAGGCCAGUCGAGCCUUGUCGGUGUUAGCUGCUGGUCCUGCUAAUGGCUCAUUCCUCUGGUUACUCUGGGAUGAGACCAAAACAAACCCCAGGACUCAGUCUACAAUCGGUCAAGCUACAGGAUUUUUCCGUAGAUUAUUUUGUAACUAAAGCUGUUUGAUUGCUUGGUUGCACCAUGCAGACAUGAGGUUCAUUCAAACCAGCUGAGUUAAAUGUGCAAACUAACCAACAGAUUGUUGCUAGAAUAAGGUUUUUACUCUGUUUUGCCAAUCAGUAAAAUGUUAUUUUCCUAAAGUGGGGAUUUGACUCUCAUACCUGAUUGCCUCAAUACAGGCAGACUGCUGGAAAUAGUUGCUGUCGACUCCUGUGAAGUGACUAACAGAAACAUAAAGUAUUACUAUAUGAGGAUAAUCAAUCUGCCGACGCACAAAACCCUCUACUUCUUCAAUCUUUCCAAACAAAGCACCAAGAUGACUAAUACUUUGAUGAAGGACUCAGUACCCAUAAAACUGCAGGUCCCUGAGUGUCUACUUGAAGCUGGCUGCAGAAGCACUGGAAACCAUGUACCCACUGAGUCAAAAAAAGACAAUUUUUAGACUGAAAAUAAGCCUGUUUCAGACAUGGUUUUAGUCUGAAUAUCACAGUAGCGCUCUCUUUACAGGGACAGAGUUUUUUUGCAGUGCGUUUGUUUCAAAGAUAUUAAGUUUAUGAGACUGGCAAAUCAGAGGCAGAGCUGACUUGACUGACAGGUAGGCACACUGUAGGUAUUUGGAAGGAGGCUUAAGGCCCGCCUCUAACUGUUCUGUAUUAAUCGCACAUGUUUUGGUGUUGACAAUAAAGUGACCCGCGUAAAAAUUGGUUGAGAAAUGAGCAAGAUAUGAUUUGUUUUCAUUGUACAUGCAUUGCCUUCAAAAGGAACAUUGCCCCCACCAAGAUGGCUGCCAUGCAGGCAGGCAGCUCAAAGGGGCACGUCUUAACUAUUAUUUAUAUCAAUGGUAAGUAAAAUAAGUAAGUAAAGUUUAUUUACAGAGCGCUUUUCCCAGAUAAAAAUCACAAAGCGCUGUACAUAAAACAGUACAAAAAAGAUGAGUACAUAUACAUACACAAAUACAAAUACAGUGAAUAUGGAAAUAAGUGCAGAUAUAAAAGAUAAGUAAAAGAGACAAACAAAACCCUGUUAAUUAAAAGCUUGUCUAAAUAAAAGAGUCUUCAACUGCUUUUUAAAAGUAUCCACUGAGUCGAUCAAAUGGAGCCUGUUGGUGGUUGUCCAUGGUGACAAAAUUCCACUUUGCUACAUCCAUUGACUAUAUAAGCUAGCCAUAACCUUGUGUUAAUCACAUUUGCAUCGAUUCUUUGACAGAAUAGUCAUACUAAUGAAAAAAGCAGAGACAUAGGGUCUUGUGUCGUGUGCUAACAUUGAUUUUUAGUUGCGUAGCUUUAAAUACAGUCCCAUGGCAGCCGAGUUGCUCUGAUUCCCACUCAGGCAAAGACGCUUAAUGUUGUUGUAAACAAGCCGGAGCACUGAGGGAGUUUCUCUGGCUGGUGUCAAAUGGAGGACAGUGUAUUAUAGGAAUUAUAAGCAAACAGUUUUAUUUAGUUUAUUGACCAUCUGACAGUAAAAGCAAAUAAAGUUAUUGGCUGUUACUCAAAGAUCAGAUAAGCUCGUGUCAGGGCUGUCAUACUUAAACUUACAGUGCACCCGGGCUCCAAACACAAUGUGACCAUGUGUGCAGAGCUUUGAGAACACAGAACAUACACAAUGAUGACAAAGAAGAUGUAACAGCUGUUUCAGCCAUGCAAAAAUUAAGAAAACUAUAAUUCUACACUAGAGCGCAAGGAAGAGCAUUUUCCUGAUAUGUUUCUGUGGCUAAAAUAAAAAUAAAGCAGUCCAGAUGUAGGGUUUCAUUUUUUUUUUUUUUGCAGAACAGCGGGUCAGGCUUGGCUGCUCUCCAUGUAUGUUCUGAUGCAGCGCAGCAGAAACUGUUGACUCAGCACUCUAAAAACAUCAGGGGCGGAACAAAGAGGGACUGUCUGGUCAACAUCCACAACCAGAGAACAGCGAGCACCUUACUAAUCCUGAUGUUAAAAGUAAACUCCCCAACUCCCAAAACACUCUUAUGUAACCGAUUUGAUGGGCCGAUUGCUGCGACCAUGUGGGAAUACAGUCUCAGUAACCUCUUCCCACUUGCUGUGCAGAAUACACACUUUAUUUUGUGACAACUUCACACUUGAGGACAAGUGAGGCAGAGAGAAUAAUAAGCAGCCAGAAGAGAAAAGUGUGAAAAUAAGAAAGUGAUAAGUUAUCGUUUUCUGGACUUAUCUCUCCUGACAGCUUGGACUCUUUACUAACUCAGCCUGACACCGUGGUUCAUUCAUGUCACUCAUCUCAGCCUCUGGGUAGCAUGCUGUAUGUAAGAGAGCUGUGGUUCUUCAGAGUCUCCAUGUGUGCACUUAAAACCAUCUCCCCUCACUGACUGUAUGUGCUAAAAUCUCCUGCCAGACUCUGAAUCACGCUUCUCCUCCUCCAGCACUCUGACUCACACCUAAAGCAGCCUCAUGUCCAUUCUUCACAGUAUUUUUUCCCCCACACACCGGCAUUUUUGCUUACAUUCUUCACCAGCCUGAAAUGUGCAAACAGACUUGAGACAGGGGUCAAGGCAAGUGAGUCGAUAGCCACCUGCUGGUCUUCAGAAACAGGCUCCAGGCUGUGUGGAGGGGGGUGGCGGAAGAAUAAUUAGUCCACUUUUAGCUCAACUAAAAACAGGGAAAUAUAAAAUCAGUGGCUUUCACGCAGGGCCUGUUUUACUUAUGAGUUUAACACCAGUUUAUCUGCAUAUGGGAUAAAUCAAUAUACGUGAUUACUGACUGGAGACACAUACUGGUAGGAUCCAAAAUCCAAAUAGCCAGCCUGACCACUGGUCUGACAAGGCCGGCUUUAUGGAGCAAGCUGUCACCUUUAUUAGUGUGCCAAGGUUUCAGAAAUCCAUCCAGUUGGGUUUCUGAAUAUCAGAGGCUCCCUGCAACAAAGAGCUGCUUCAGGCGAACAGGAAAUAACAGUGACAAAGAGAGCCUGUUGAUGAGAGACACUGAUCUGCCUAAUGAUAGCCACAGUCAAAUGUCCUGGUCAUGCUUUUCAGAAAUCAUGGAAACCACCACAUUGCAGCAGAAAAGCUGUACUUAGUGUUGUCCGCACAGGUCACAUAUACUUUACAUUUUAUGCUUUUAAGAGCAGAUUCUUAACAGCAGCCUGGGAAUGGGACAACAGCUCAUUUUUCCUACACUAAGCUUGAUUGUUGAAGGUGUUGGAGUAAUUGCAAACUAGUUUUAGCAGGCUUCUGUUUGUUGCUUGUUUUCAUAGUUUGUUCAAGGUGAGGACAUCCUCCUACGCAUGAAAAAACACAACCGUAAAUACUUUGCGGUGUACUUUUUAAAGUACUUUUUAACACCUACACAAAGCGGUGUGUUUAAUAUUGUUACACCAGUUAAUACUUUAAUAGGCCUAUGAUUCAGAUAAAGUUUUGAAGUGUGUUGAUCAUAGUGUUGAUCACCUUGAGAAUCAUCAGUACAUUUACUUGACUGAAAAUCUUAGAUUUUAUUCCUGUAACUUUGCAAGUCCACUCAGUAAUAUGGUGAAUUUGGAGGUCUUUGCUCCACUCUCACACCUCAGGGUUUGUGUUAAUAGGCAGGUACAUAUAUGAAAAUAAAAAAAAAAACACAAGUCAUAUUUGAACCUGACUUUAUAAAUAAAGUUUGAUUGACUGAUUGAGUGAUUGAUUUAACAGAACAGGCUAAGUAGAUAUGGCAUUGGGGUUAGGGUAAGGGUUAUGAGGUUAGGGUUAAAAUCAUUUUUUGACCAUUUAGAAUCAAUUGGUACAAAAAAAUAAAAAUUAGGAAAAAUGUCAAAAUAUUCGAAGUGUUAGGGUUUGGUUGGGGUAUUGGGGUAGGGGUUAGGGUUAAAGUCAUUGGUUAAGGUUAAAAUCACUGUCUAGAACCUAUUUAGGAGCAUAUUUCAGACCAUUUGGAUUAAAUUGGUACAAAAAAAAAUUAGGAAAAAUGUUUAAAAAAUUUAAGUGUUAGGGUUACGUUGGGGUAACGUUUGAUUAUUGGGGUUAGGGGGUUAGGGUUAAAAUCACUGUCCAGGACCUUUUAAGAAGCAUGUAUCAGACCAUUUGGAGUCAACUGGUACAAAAAAUUUGGAUUUUUUUUAAUGUAUGCAAAUCAGUGCAUAUUUAAUUAGAUAUUGCCUUAUUUACAUAUUCAUAUAUAACAUUUGAUCAAACCAGGGUGUCUCCCCUGGGCCUCCUACCCAUCAUUAAUACCAUCUUGAAAAUGGCACCUUUCUUGCGGUCAAACUUUGGUAAAGUUUUAGUAUGUUAUCAAGGACAUUUUAUACGAUGAAAAACAGCUGAGAAACCUCUUGUUAGAAUUUUUUGGGGGUCAAGUCAUAUUUGCACCUGACUAUAAGGUUACACAGGAAAAAGGUGGAGUACAGUUGGUCUCCCAGUCUGGCUCUGGCGCAAGUAACAGUAGCGCAACAGAAGCAAGAUAUCAUCUGUUGCAUCUUGUGUCAGAGUGUAGACAGCAGAGUCAGAAUGAUGGAGCCAGUGUUGCUGUCCAAUCACCAAACUUUGAGUCUGAGUUGAGUCCCUAAGUCCUCAACUUUAAAGUCCGAGUCAGCAAAAAAGAAUCUCAGUCCCAGUCGACCUCAUAAUUACUUUUAUUAUUUAUAGCAAAUGAGGUUAACUCCAAACUACUCACAAUAUGAACCCCACCAAUAUGAACCAAUAUGAACCACACGGAAAUGACGCCUUGUUUUAUCUACUAAUUGUAGUUAUUACAGAAUGAUCUUUUGUGGGGUCUGUGGAUUUAAAUCAUGAGUAAAUGUCGCACACUCCAAAUGAAGUGACAAACUCAUUAUUUCUGGUGUGGUUGGAUCACUGUUAGUGGGCUAAUAUACUCAAAAAUAACUGCAGCUCAUCCGGUUCUAAUCAAAAUUUGAACUAACCAAAUAUCUAAGUUGAGUCAUUUCGAAGCUAACAUUACUACGAGCACAUAAUCAAUAGUCCAAGUAUAUUAGAUGACUCAUGGUCCCUCUUUGGCAGGAAAAACUGAUGAAUAAGACAGUUACAUUUUAACAGUUUUCAUCUAGAAAUGCAUCUCAGCUCUCUCAAUCUCCCGAGUAAUAAUGCAGUCAAAGCCUUACAAGUACCUUAUAAAUCAUUAAAAUAAGGACUUGAGUCAGAGUCCUGGACUGAAGAACUACAACACAGCGCAGGGUUGUGUACUUGGAGCUUUGGUCCAUUGUUAUGGACUGCAACUGUUAGCUAACAUGUUGGACACAACAGCUUUGUAAAACUUACAAUUAUUUGUAUUUUUUGCUCCUCAUAACAAAAGCUAAGGAUAUUCUUUCUCUUAAUCACAUGCCUUCUACUCUGGAAGGAUUUAUCAGAUUUUAGAGGAGCUGUUUGAUGAGAGUAUUGAUUGCAGAUGUCAAAACUUUCAUUUUAAGAAGUACUGGGUUUGAUCUCUACUCCUACACUUGACUUUCUCCUGACAUACACCAGACCACACUCCCACUUUAAUGAAGUUUUUCAGUGGCACAGUACCUCAAACCCCCUGUUAUUGGGAAAUCACAGUAGACAAAGAUAUUUGCCUUAUUAGUUGUAAAUGUCAUGGUCGGCUAAUUAUGUGUGCACGAAAUGUCAUUCAGCUUUAGACCAACAUGUGAAAUGUCACUGCUGUACACGCACAUGAAAUGCCAGAUAUAAGAUUUCUCGCAAUGAAGUGCAGCUUUCACCCUCUUGUAUAAGUCUGUGUUGAAAUAGCACGUACAAACACACAAACACACACACACACACACACACACACAAACACACACACACACACACACACACACACACACACAUAAAAAGGUGAUGUGAUGAUGGUGUGAACUCUGCGUGGUUGCAUAGCUGUCUGUUUAAAUAGAAUUAUAAUGGAAACAUAGCAGGUGUUCUGUGAAUUUGGGCUGCAUCUGCUGUUCUUUUACUGGGCAAUGACACCCCAAUCCUCCCCCUCUCUCGCUGACUGUCUGGAUGAACAUGUGGAGGAGGUAGAGGCUGAUGGUGUGUCCAGAGAACAGAAGGAAAAAGUGAGGAGUCCUUCCUGUGCUUUAAUCAUAAUAAGAGAUAUCUGGGGUGUAAUUUGUACGCUGGGUGGAUCUUAGAUAAAACCCCUUGUGGUUCUACCACCUCCUCGUGUUCAGACAUACAAAUGUAAAACUGCUGUCAUGGCUGCAGUCUUUGAUAUUCUCCUCUAUGAUGGAUUAUCACACCUGUGGUGCACAGCUUCAAAAUAAGAUAACUCGGGACCCAUUUACAGUGUAGAGAGACAGAUUGCAAAGAGGUUCUUCUUAUCGUUGAACAGCUGUUUGAUGUUAUCCACAGCAGAUAGUCAUUCCUCUCAUAGUCAGCCAACCACAGUACAGGGAGCUCCAGGAAGGACGCCGCCCUGCUUUGAAUGUGGCUGCACCGCGUUUCAUCUACUCCUCUGCUAAAGCUUGCUCACACUGUAUUCUCUACAGAGCAACUUCGAAGCACAGUGUUGUUUUUCUUUGAAAGAAACUUUCAGUCAGCAGCAGCUCAGUAAAUCCAACUUUGGAUAAAGCCAUCCUCUGUGCCAAAAUUGAAUCAUGCAGGCACCGAUUUUAUUAGUGCUGCUCCUUCAUGUUUGCUCAGAUCACAUUAAAUACUGCCACAAAAUUACCUUGUUACACAACUGUUAGUUGUGUAACAAAGGCUAAAAAAAAAGUCAGUCUUCCUCUGAAAAACGGAGAAUUAAAAUGCUUUUUCUGCUUACCAUUUUUAGGCCCGAGUAUUGUCAGUGAAACCUGAAAAAGGAAGAGCCAAUGUUUAUACUACAAUGGCUCAACAGAGAUGGAAAAGCCUGUUAGUCCUGAUAAAAGCCAGCUGCUGCAUGUAAACAAGCUGUACUCAAACUUAAGGGCUGCAGAUAACGAGGAAAACAAUAUUCUGAACAGUAAAAGAGUGUAAUAAUCUUUCUACUCCAUUUAUGAGAAAAUACCUGAGUAAACCAAUUUAAUCUUUUAAAGGCCGAGCACAAUGCAUGCCUUUUAUUUAAUGCAUUCAUCUGACUCAGCUCGAGUUAAACUUUCAUAUUACCCAAUCAUCAUAAUGAAAUCACAACCUUAAUUCAAUUAUUCAAACUAAGAUGUCUUUGAAUUAGAAAAUGUUCUCAUUUUGCAGCUGUUUUGAGCAACAACAAUACAACUGUCUUUACCUGCUCUGUGAAUUUUGAGACUGGCUGUUACAAGUAAAGGAGAGGGAAUUGGCAGGGACAAAAACAAAGCUUCAACGACUAAUAUUUUACUAGCAUUCAUCAGAAAGACACGAACAUGACUCAGAGUUACAUAAUGCUAAUUUUGAAUAUCUGCUGGAUGUGUAAAGAGAUAACUGAUUAUCAGUUUGUGAUGCAGCCCCCAAGUGGCCAAAGCAAUUCAUUAUUUAACCAUUAACUGGUGCUGCCAUCCUGCUCCUAUCAUAGUUGACAAGAGUGAUGAUUUCUGGGUCGCAAGAACCACUUAUCCAUCUCUGUUUUUCUAUUUCUCCCCCUGCAGGACAGGAGAGCUUUAACUCCCGUUCCCUGGCGCUGCAGGCCCAGAAGAAGAUCUUAAGCAAGAUGGCAACCAUGGUGGUGGCCAACAUGCUGACAGAUGACACCAGCAGUGAGAUCUUGGAUGAGCUCUACAAAACGAGCCGGGAGUUUACCAAAAGCAAGAAGGAGGCCCACAAAAUAAUCAAAGAUGUUAUCAAGAUCGCCCUGAAGAUCGGCAUCCUGUACCGAAACCACCAGUUCAGCCCGGACGAGCUGGACACGGUGGAGCGCUUCAAGAAGAAGAUGAACCAGGCGGCCAUGACGGCAGUGUCAUUCUACGAGGUGGAGUACACCUUUGACAGGAAUAUUCUGUCAGAGCUCCUGCUGGAGUGCAGGGACCUGCUUCAUGCCCUGGUCGAGCAGCACCUGACCGCACGCUCACAUGCGCGCAUUGAUCAUGUUUUCAACCAUUUUGCCCACGGAGAGUUCCUGGCUGAGCUGUACGGAGAUGGAGAGGACUACAGACUCUCUCUGAGGAAGAUCUGCAAUGGCAUCAACAAACUGCUGGAUGAAGGAACGCUUUAA